ACCAGAAUAAGGAAGUGAGUGCGAAGCAGUGAGUCAACUGCUUGAACGAAACCAGUCGGAGCUUGGAGAAACUGGGAAUCGACAGCCUGCACUGCAUUCAGCAUGAGUAAAAAAGGGGCAUAUCCUCAGCAACAAGCUUAUCCUACACAGCCGAAUAUGGCUCCGCCAAACCAAUUCCCCACUGCUCAAGUUCCCCAGGCACCACCUUACACCGAAGCUCCUCCAUCUUAUGCCGAGCUUCACCAGCAGCCAAGAUCUGUCCAAGCACCACCUGGUUAUCCAGGUGGCUACUAUGUACCAGUCACAGGCCAAAUGCAAGUGGGUCCAACUGGGGCAGCCAUGCCCAUACAGUACUAUGCAGUGCCACAAGUCUUCUCUCCAUCUUCAACUGUGCUCGUGAACGAUGGAUAUGAUCCAGGUGCCAGGUUUGGGGCAGGAGCCACUGCUAAUAUUCCACCUCCUCCACCUGGUUGCCCUCCCAAUGCAGCUCAGAUUGCAGCCGUGCAGAGUGGCAAUGUCAUUGUGACCCAGAAAAAGGCCAACUGGAUUUCCGGUGGCUCAAGUGGUGGUUAUACAAUCUGGUAAACAGAUGAAAACGUGAACGAGAACGUUUUAUGGAAGGAACCAUUAAUCUUAGUUUGUUUAGACAAUUAAUGGAUGUAACUUGAUAACUAAGCUGCUUUGAAAUACUUUAAAAAAUUCUCUCUUUGAGCACAGAAUUUAAAGUUGUAGUAUAUCUGUUAAAUGCUUGUAAAACAACAUUAAGUACUUUAAAAAUUAAAAAAAAAUCUGUUUAGUUUGUGUCCUUUUAAGUUUAAUCAGGCUAAAAGAAACCCAAUUAAUUGGAAUAAAUACCAAAAGAACUGUGGAUGCUGGAAAUCAGAAACAAAAGCAGAAUAUGCUGGCAAAGCUCAGCAGGUCUGGCAGCAUCCGUGAAGAGAGAAUUUGGAGUUAACGAUGAGUUCAGUGACUCAACCUGAAAAAUUAAUUCUGAUUUCUCUCCACAGAGGCUGCCAGACCUGCUGAGUUUUUCCAAUUAAUCAGAAAGUGACAUCAGUUGAUUUUAAGAGGAUUAGGAAUCAACUUUUAUGAGCCAAAGUAACCCUUUUGGGUCACUGUCAGUUUGCUAUGUCCCUGAUCACUUUUUAAAACACUGAUUUGGCCUAUGAAGGACAGAAAUGUAUGUGUGCGUGCUCUGCACAAAUGAUUUCUAUGUAUAUUGCUGUUAAUGAGAAAUAUAUAAAGCCUCAUGAUGUUCUUCACUUUUUAAAAAUAAAUGCAAUUUUGGAUGGUUGUGAAUAGUUCGCAAAGGGUUAAUUGUGCUAAUCCCUGAAAGAAAAUUCUGAGCUUUUCUCCCUUGUCGCUAUAUACACCCGUAACCUCUUGAAUUGUCUUUUUGCGCAAAUAUCAGUUUUCCUCUUGAAGGGGUGAGGAGUUUAUUUCUUUUCCACUGUGUUUUGAUGGUGACUUUGUGCCUAUUUGCCAUCAGAUCUGUCCAGAACACCACAACUGAUUUUAAUAAAAAAUCUUUCUGGGCCACUGAUUUUGUUUAAGACCAUGGUACAAUGCAUGGACAUGGCUGCAAUCAGACCACCUAAAAUAGUUCAUUUCCAGAGUGAAUCCUCAAAGGAUGAGGGAUAUCCUCUGCUUACCCCCUCAGCUCUUUCUGGAAAUGCUAAUUUGUGCUUCUAAUUGAAGGAGAACACUUUUGGUCAAUCAUAUCUAAGCUUCGGGAGUGAAUUACUGACUUAUAUUUGCCAUCACAGAAUCAAAAUGAAAAGCCUGUUUAAUUCUCAAUGUUCAGUGAUCAGCUUGUACUUGGGAAAAGGUGACCUUAGCAAAAGGAUUGUUGUAUUGGAUGGCAUUCUAACACAUUAUAUUAGCCUGACUGGUGCUUCAUAUGUCUGAGAUAAAUGAAGCCUUUCUUGUUUUGACAACGCUGUGUCACCAGCCACGUUUCACCCCAAUCAUCAGAGGUUGAUUAUAUGCAACUUCAGCCUGGCCAUUUUGUGCCAUUUAGUUGGAAAGACCACAUUUUCUGUGUUACAGAAAUGUAUCUCUGAAAGAUCAGCCAAUUGGCACCCACAAUGCAAGUUGUACUUUAUGAAUGUAUUAAAAAACAAUGCAUAACUUUAA